CUUCCCGGAGUGUUGUAUGAUAACCAAUGUUUGCAAUUGAUUUUUAGAAGCCCGUAUAACAAUUUACUGAGUUCGCAAUCACAAGAUUCUGAAUUAACUUUUAAGUCCGCGAUCACAAGAUUCUGAAUAUAAGGAGUAAACAUCAAGAUGAUUCGUUUCGUGGUUAUUGCAAGUGCUUUAACUGUUUUUGUACAAGCCACUAACGUUGGUUACAGAUAUCUGACAAUCAGCCCUUCUGAAUUAACCCGGAACGGUACAAAAACCAUCACUGCGUACAAUGCUACAAUUUCGCUUAUUUAUCGGCCCAAUAUGGUACCCCAACCCAUUAAACUCGACGCAAUACCAACAGAAUCUAUUGUUGUAAAAAACCUGCUUGCAGAUUCUAUUGUCGCGAUUGAGUAUCGUGAACAUUAUGAAAAUGGUUCAUCUGUUCAUGUUCCUUACAAGACCAGACAUGUGAUGAGUUCACGAAGUGCACAAAUCUCAGCGUUGCCAGGGAAGCCAAGAAGCGUAUCACUUUGUGUACAAGAGGCUUCUUACACAUCCUGUGGAAUGAAGGGUAGAGUAUGUUGGAAGACGCCAAAAAAUGUUUACGAUUCAACUGAUCCGAUUGUCAAAUCUAUCCAAUACGAUAUCUCCGUGUGUCACUUCAACUCAUUUUCUCAGAAAACCUCCGACUGCAAAGUGAUAGCGACCGUUGCUGACGACAACGCGAAAGAGGACCAAUCCACAAAUUUGCCCAAUGAUAACGCAACGCUCUUUAGAUAUAACCCUCUUUUCCCGACUGAAAGAGAUUUCGCGAUAAUUGUACAAGCUGUAGCAUUAAACGGUACCAGGGGUGGAGAAACCCAAGUGAAGAUUUCUCGUAUAAAUACUGAUGUGGCUCCACCACCGCCAAGAAGAAGAACAACUCAAAACCGAUACAGGGAUAGCAUUAGCAUGUAUUGGGAUCCUGUCCCAUAUGCCACAAAAUAUCGCAUCAAAUACUCUGAUACAGUGGAUUCAAACGACAAGUUUCUUGUUGUGAAUGACACGCAAGUAACAAUCACUGGUCUUUCAGCUAAUACGAACUAUCAUAUUGGCAUUGCAGUUGAAGAGUCUCAGUAUGGUCAAAGCAAGACAUACAACUUUUAUUCUGCUACAGUCAGCACCAAUAACAAAGUAAAUCCAUUUACAACAGCCGCUCCCACCACCACCAAAACACCGAGUAAUCGAUCGUCAAUGAUGCGUCCUAACCUCGUUCUCAUGCUGUUAUUUCUACUCAAGUGUUUUUUACCUGUAAUGGUAUAAGAAUUUGUGUAAUUUUUUAAAGUCGUUUCCAGGUAUUCUUGGUAUAAGUGACAGAAGCCUGGAAACAAGCAUGUGCAAUUUUUUAAUUAACAUAAACCGUCACCUGUUUCCCCGGGGGAAAUAUCAUGAAAAAAAGGUGCACAAAAAGUCUUCUCGUUGAAUUACAACCUCGUCCGCAAUCUUGUCGACGGUGGGAUAUUCUAAGGAAAUUAAGAGGCAGGGGAUAGAGUUAGCAAAAAAAUAUACCUGUCUUGCGCGUUCAAAUCGACCACAAAGAAGGUUUUUUGUCAUAUAUUGACAGAUCUAAUGGCUAAGGGGCGAGCAAACCACUUUAAUAUAAUAGCAAGGGGUCUAUUAGGCACCAGAGAGUACGAACAAGGUAUUACUCAAUUGAUGGCA